GGUUGCGCGCGCAACCGAGGGGCAGAAAGAAGAGACGUGCAUUGUGUUGUAUGCUAGUAGCGGUGUCUGUAAGUCAAAAUGCCAAGGAAUUUUUGCGUGGAAAAUAGUACCAACAGAGUCAGUGCUGGGUGCCUGAUGUUAACAUACCAGUAGAUGCGACUAUUACGUUACUAGCAUUAUAAUUAUAAAAUUAUAAUUCAUACAUGUAUCACAGUAACACUGCAAAAAUAAAGACAGAAAAACAGAUACAACUAAAAUCAAGUCUUAUUUAUGUACAAACAUUAAAGAACGCUUCAAUAAUUAAGGUUGUUGCAGUAGCAGAUCAGCUCACCAAUCGGUCUUUCUGCCCCUUGGUUGCGCGCGCACCCUGCAAUGUUUGUAAACUUGCAACCCCUCUAUGGUAAAUGACUGUUGUAAGCAGCAGCUGCGUCACGCUCCAGUCCAGCAGGUGGCGCAAACGCACCGCGUGUUCAAUAAAACAACAGAUGAAGAAGAAGAAGCUCAGUCGAGCAGCAAUGUUCAUCAUGAGAGAUCAGAUGGAUGUGAUGUGCUGUAAAUCAGUAGGAACUGAUCUGUCCAUGCUGGAUAUUGAUGAUUUGAUGACAGAAAUCUCUCAGCUGAAGAAAGAGGUGGCGUUACUGGAGUCAAAGCUCAGACAGAGAGAUGAACUCAACACAAAGGAUGUUUCUGGUGUCUCUCUCUGUGGCUUCACUGAUCAAACUUCUACAGAGCUUCUUGUUUCUGUCUGUAAUGAUGAAGACCAGAAGACAUCAGUGAAUCUGCCGGACUAUGGGAUGAAAGUGAAACAAGAAGUCACAGAAGCUGGAUUGCAGACAGAUAAAGGUGAUCUGAUUGAUUCAGAUCUGAUAGUGGCGAAGGAGGAAUUUCACACUGGAGAAAAUCUUCACACGUGUGCCCAGUGUGGAAAGAGCUUUGUUCAUAAGUCUGACCUUACAGUUCAUAUGCAAAUUCACUUUGGAGAAAAGCCUUUUAAAUGUGAUCAAUGUGAAAAGAGCUUCACCCGCAAGUUUGGCCUUAAUGUCCACAUGAGAAAUCACACUGGAGAACAGCCUUUCAGGUGUGAUCAGUGUGGAGAGGGCUUUAUUUGUAGGUCUGACGUUAAUGUGCACAUGAGCGUUCACACCGGAGCAAAACCUUAUAGAUGUGAUCUGUGUGGAAAGAGCUUCACUCGCAAGUUUGGCCUUAAUGUGCACAUGAGAUAUCACACUGGAGAAAAGCCUUACAGUUGUGCUCAGUGUGAAAAGUGCUUCAUUCGUAAGUUCGAACUCGACGUACACAUGAGAUAUCACACUGGAGAAAAGCCUUACACAUGUGCUCACUGUAAAAAACGUUUUAUUCGUAAAUCCGACCUUAAUGGCCACAUGAAAAAUCAUACUGGAGAAAAGCCCCACAGUUGUGAUCAGUGUGAAAAGACCUUUAUUCGUAAGUCCGAACUUACUGGGCACAUGAGUGUUCACACUGGAGAAAAACCUUAUAAAUGUGAUCUGUGUGGAAAGGGCUACACUCGCAGUUUUGGCCUUAACAUGCACAUGAGAAAUCACACCCAAGAAAAACCUUUUACUUGUGAUCAGUGUGGAAAGAGCUUUGAAAGUACACACCGUCUUAAUGUGCACAUGAGAAAUCAUACUGGAGAAAAGCCUUACAGGUGCGAUCAGUGUGAAAAGACCUUUAUUCAUAAGUCCGACCUUAAUGGGCACAUGAGCGUUCACACUGGAGAAAAGCCGUUUAGAUGUGAUCUGUGUGGAAAGACGUUCACUCGCAGUUUUGGCCUUAAACUUCACAUGAGAAAUCACACUGGAGAAAAGCCUUUUAGAUGUGAUCAGUGUGGAAAGAGCUUUCAUUGUAAAUACCGUCUUAAUGUGCACAUGAAAAAUCACACUGGAGAAAAGCUUUUUAGAUGUGACCAGUGUGGCAAGAGCUUUAUUCGUAAGUGCUACCUUGAUUUGCACAAAAAAAUUCACGCUGGAGGAAAGCUUUAAAAAGCCCCUAUAAUGUUUUUCCUGAUUUUAUUCCAAACUCCACUCUAAAGCGAGGAAUCGUCUCUAACAGAAAUUACAUCACUUGGAUUAUAGCGAACACUUGGUUUGUAGUCCAUCCGCGCUAGUUCAGUCUAGAUGAAUUGAAGAUCCUAAACUGUCCUUCACAAACUUGCAUCUGGAUUAUCUUGGGUCUGGAUUCAUUUGCAUCAAUAACUAUAGGCAUAGAUCCAGGGAUGAAGAGCACAGUUCAUCCACAAUAAACUUUUGUUUUUGUUUAGACCAGUAGAUUAUUAAGAUCUUAUGCAGUUAUUUGGUAAAAAUCCUUAAAUUAUCCUUGUUUUGCAAUGUUCAGCAGAAACAAAAUGUUAAUUCACAAAUGCUAAUAUUUUAUCAACAUAUUUUUUCAAAGUGCAGGGCAGUCAGGGCCAAUGAAUCAGAGGUUUGUGCACUUGAGGAUUUGAGUUAAAUUUAAGAUAUUCAGAAGAAAGUGAAUUAGAUUUUCAUGAGCAGAGCUGUAAUAUCAUUGUAAUCAAUCACAUUGUAAUAAUGUAAAUAUUUUCAUCCACAAUUCUAGAUGUUUUUGGUGGAAAAUUAAAUUAAAGGAUACUGAAAACAAUCUGAUAGAUUUUCCUUUAGACGACUUGUAAAAACUGAAUUUUAUAUAAAUGUUGUUUUGUGUGAUGACUGCACCUUUACUUUUAACGCAAGGCCACAUGAAGUGAUGAAAACAUGUCACAUUUGUAUGAUUAAUUGUGUUGUUUUUGUUGUUGUUUGUGACCACGGUCAGAUGGACACUGAAUCUAAAUAUUAUCAGUGAUGUCUGCUUAUCUGUUAGUACUUCAGUCAAUGUUUAAGAUUUUUGUCUUUCAUUUUUUUUUGUGUGUGUUUCUCAAUAGAUGUGAACAUUUCUUCUGGCAUCAUCUGGAUAUAAGCUACUGAUAGACAAUUAUGGAUGUAUUUAUUUUCAUUUGUAAUAAAAUGAUUUACACUCAAAUCA